AUGUCGCCCCUCGAGAAUGUUCCUCCCGAGAUAUUUGAUGUCAUCCUAGCAGGACUUAACUUAGAGAGUGAUAUUUAUCACCUUUUGUUAACCUGCAAGGAGAUGCACAACGCAUGCAUCGAAUGGCUGUACAGAGUCAACGCAGCGAACGUUAUCGACCACCGCUCAAACCAACCUUAUGAUCAACCACGCUGGUCAGCCCUAGACUGGGCUCUCGAGAACGGGAUGGAAACAAUCGCCCUGCGGGUGAUUAACAUGACGCCUGAGGUCUGCGAUAUAAACCAUGCUGGCAAGGCUAUAAAAAUGAAAGACCCCGUUAUUGCAGAUCGUCUCUUGGGCCUUCCUCACCUGCAACUACAGUUGCGAGAUCCGGCGUUGAGACACACGGUUGACAAGUUUACAUGUGAUGCCAUUGUGCACGGGCAUAUAACUUGUCUCAAUACACUCGAAAGGCCGGCGCCUUUCGACCUCGAAAAAAAGGAAUACUUGUCUAAUUACGUCGAACCUUCGCUCGCGCUUGCAUAUUCGCUGCGGCAGGAUUGA